CUCGCUGGGGUGACAUGUAACAAAGUGACUAGUUUACCAUCAGUGGCACAAAGAGACCUGUGUAAUUUCUGAAAAAAAUUGGAUAUUCCCUUUUUUAAGACCACGUGGAUAAUCACGCAAGAUUUUCUUUAAUAUGAGGCCAUCAACAGUCGGGUGCUACACAUGCCUGGUAAUCUUAAUAUGUAUUGCGGUCGUUUCGUCCCUGGAAUCUCCUAAGAAUUCAUCUUCGAAACGAUGGAGCGUCCGAAGAACGAACUGCGAGUUGAAAAACAAUUUAAAAUCGUGGGCGAAAUCGUUCAAGAAUGACAGCCUGUCAAUCUUGAGUCGAGCAACAAAGAAGACCAAUCCAAUGGGUUUCAUCCGCAAGCAAUUGGAAACGAGUAAAAAGUACAACCCGGCGGACCCGCUUCACGCCUAUCCAAACAAAUGGGAUUUAAUGGUGCACAGUCUGUUUCAGAAACUGUCACGUUUCGAAGUGAAUAAUGCGGAUGCCAUCCGCAAAGUGAUCCGAGUCGUCAGGAUUUUGACAAUCAUCGGUUUAGUUGUCGGAACUCUGGGAAUCGUCUUGGGUGUGGCGUUACCGCUCAGUCCCUUAGCGCUGGCGUUCGGUAGGAGGGAAGAUGAGGUGGAGGAUAAAAACGACGUAGUUGACUGGAAUUACGUUGAUCAAAUUUCGCAAAGCGUCAUCUACGCCAUUGAAAAUGGCAUGCUCAAAUACGAAAUGUGACACGUCGCUAAUGCCCUAGCCAAGAACAGAUUGGUAGUUUUAUUUAUUUAAUUUUUUUUGUGAUUGCUCAGGUUGUCAAGUGCCACACCUUCGACAAUAUUUUAAAAAGAUUCUCAUCAACUGUUUUUAGUUAAAAAGAUAAACGAAAAAAAGAAAUUGGCCAACGCCAGCAGAAGUCAAACUGAUGGAACGAGCUUUUACCACUAGCGUUUCAUCAACCUACCAUGGUGAUCAGCAUUUAACGCUCUAGUGAAAAAGCCAAAACAAAAUUCAUUGAUAUCAGGUUUUGUACUGAUGAAUUUACCCAUACUAACAAGAAGCUGCUUGAAAACCACGCAAAAGUUCAAGGUCUCUUAGCGAUGGCGCAUCCCCGUGGACACAAGUCGUGAACCGUUUCUCACAUCGACGGGUCACGCCCCAAAUACAUUCCUUCACGCAGAUCAACCCAAAACCUGUUUAGUUAUAAACAACACACGCAUUCCAGUUUUAUUUUAUUUUCAAAGUUUAUUAGUUCACGAUCACGUGAUUUACCGAUCGCUCCAUUAAUUUAUUAUCACCGAACGACCAACAAUAAAUGCCAUCUACAAUCUUUUUUUUUCAUUGCAAAACGUGAAGUUUGAGACGUUUAGACCCUGAUCAACGGAGUUGUAAAGAGACAACAAUAAAUGUGAGAAAAACGGA